AAUACUUGCGAUGUAAACUCUACGAUCUACGUCCCGAGCCGACUGCGCACCGGUAAUUGUAACUGUUCAUGUCAGCAAUUUCUUCAGGAUAAAAGACGGUAGUUGGUACAGCAGCCUUUAUUUCUUGUAGCAACGACGACUUGCUUGGAUCCAGGGCAGGAGUGGCGUGUAGUACUACGAGUGAAUGUUGCGUCGGCGAUUUCCGCCUCAGUUUCUGCAGCACACUGUCUGUGUUUGGUGAUUUUCAAUCCCUACAUGUACCGGUACAUGCGGACGCGAUUAGGUGCGUUGUAGUCCGGCAUUGGUGGUGGCCCAUUUGUCCACGAACACUAUUCCAGAAUAAUUUGACCUCUCAGUGUGUAACAGUUGAGUUCAGGCAAGACAAGUCAGUUAGUCCUACAAUAAUAAUAGCAGUUUCUCUCAACAGGCGCGUCUAGCUACAUGUAGUGCAGCGGAGAGGCUUCCAUCAUAGCCGUCUGUGGAUUGUGGCGAACCGGCAACCGUAACGACUAACGUUAGCGGUUGGAGCUGGAGCGAGCCCCCCUAGCCCUGUCUUGAGUGGUGGACUUGAAUCACUGUUCAGUGUUCAUAAGACAUUGAAUCAAUCCAGUGUCACGUGACUGUACUCAUUGACGUCAGGCACUGCUCUCGGGCAUACAGCUCCUGCUUGUGCAUGCGAUGGCGAGCACAGUUGACAAUGCCAUGGAAGGUGGCAUGCGAGACCCAAUCUUUAACAACUUCAGUACCAUAUUGGACAGGAAGUGCAGUGAAGGUGAUAGUGGCAACAGCAGCAAUGACGUGAAAACAGAACCAAAAGUCGAAGUGAUGGAUUUCCUCACCAAACGCAAUCCUGCGGCGGAGAAGAAGGGUUGGAUAAUUCGUAACUCGCUGUCGGCAAGCGAGUGUUCGUCGCUGAUUGCGGCCAGUGAGGCGAGCGGCUAUCAGCCAGCCGAGGAGUUCUGCUUCAUGUACGCACGCCGCAACAACGACCGUAUGAUGUGCGACGACAAGGACCUUGCCGCCUACCUGUGGGAGCGCGUGGCGCCGUGCAUCCCGGAAGUGCUGACGUUUGACGGCCGGCACUUGUGGAGGGCGUACAAGCUGAACGCCCGCUUCCGCAUCUGCCGCUACUACAGCGGGGGACACUUUGGCAUCCAUUCUGACGGCACGUUUGCCUAUGAUGAAGAUCACCGUAGCUUUCUGACGUGCAUGUUUUAUCUAAACGAAGGAAACGGCGUGGACUUCAACGGAGGAACAACCGACUUCAUUGAGAACACAAUCGAUAGAGGUGUUCAGUACCGACUUGUGCCCAGCACUGGCCUGUGCGUUGUCUUCAAACAGAUGGAUAGUGACUGUUUGCACUGCGGAACAGAGUUGACAUCCGGUACAAAGUACAUUCUGCGCACAGAUGUAAUGUUUGAGCGAGUGAAGUCGGACGUCUGAUACAUGUAGGUGUGCAGGCGUGUGUGUGUGUGUGUGUGUGUGUGUGUGUGUGUGUGUGUGUGUGUGUGUGUGUGUGCGUGUGUGCAUGUGUGCGCACAAGAGAGAGAGAGCUAGAGAAGAACUACAAUAUGUGCCGCUGCGCUGUGUUAACCAGAAACCUCGCCUUCUACAUGUACAUACAUGUAUACAGAUUCUUUAUGUAACUAUUACUUUUCCAUGCGUGAUCCUUACAACCCAAAGCAUUGUGAACUUGAAACAGGCUGACAUAACCAUAAUAUGCAAUACAUGGUGCUGCUGCAAGUACUUGUCUUUGCUUAUGUUAUUAUUAUUUUCAUCUAACAAAUUAGACAAAGUGGUGACAGAAUAUUUCUUUUCUCUUUUUUUCAUGUCAAAGUAACACACACGCAUUCUUCUAAGUAUGUAAGUCUACGAGACAGCUCCUA